CUUCAUAGGCUCCGUCCUUGAUUUGAAUCGCGAUUGAAGAUGCUUUUAGAUUCCAACAACUUAGAUGUUGAGAGGAAAAUAUACAGGUCUUCGUAAUUUAGACGAGUUUAGAGCCACCGGACUCUAUCAAACUUAAAUGUUGAGAGGAGAAAACACAACUCUUCGUAAUUUAGAUUAUUUUGCACUCAACUCUUCUAGAUUGUUCUGGAUGCUUCUCCUCCCUUCUAAUCCCCACCGUUAAACCGCAACACGCACUCAACUUUUCAAACAUUCUCACAAUCUCUCGCCACUAUCCGCAUCUCCAGUCUCCUCUUUCAUCACAACAGUCAAGAAAAUGUUCGGAGUCGUCUUCCCGAAUCGCAGCUUCCCAAUGGACAUCUCCUCCUUCUCCCAGAUCGACACCUUCCACUGGAUUCUCGACAUGAACACCUUCGUCGGGGAGGAGUACGAUCAAGUGCGCGAGCUCUGCAUAUUUCUCUUAAACAACUUCACACUCCCGCCGGACAAAGCCCUAGCCGUCUACAUCCAGUCCCCGGGCUCUGCCUUCUUCUUCUGCGGCGCCAUCACCGUGGCUAGGCCGUCGGCGGUGCUUGCUCUUCCGUGGCCACCGCAGGGGGGGCAGCUGCAGCUCACAGCCGACGCGGCGCCGCUGUCGGCCAAAAUCGGCGUGUCGGUGGAGGACCUGGCGACGCUGCCGUCGCUGGACGUCACCGCCGAGAAGCGAAUCGAGAGGUUGGCGAUGAAAGUUGGGGAGAAUCUGUUCAAUUUUAUGCAGUCGUUUUGCGGCGUGGAUGGGAGCAAGCUGGUGGUGCCCAUGGAUAUCUUGGACCGGUGGUUCAAGAAGUUUCAGGAGAGGGCUAAGCGCGAUCCUGAGUACUUGAAAGGCUUCGCUUUGUAAUUUUGUAAGCUCUGCUCUCUUUUUUUUUAAUUUUUUUUCUUCCUUUUUUUAAUUUCGUUUAGUUGAAUUUCUCGGUUUGUAAUUGUAGUGUGUUUUAUGAUAAUUACUACUUGAUUUUUGGGGGUUUUUGCCCAAUCCAAUUCCAAUGUAGUAAAUGUUAGGUAGAACAUAAUUUGCGAAUGCUUACACGAUC